UUUCUGUUGGUAAUUUUGAAGCAAAGCUUGGGACUUAGGUUCUCCCUUUGUGUGAAUUGAACUGGGGUUGUGUUUUCUUGGGCAUUGGUGACUUUUUUCUUGGUAAAUUUGAAACAAAGCUUGGAACUUUGUUUCUCCCUUCUUCUGUAUUGAACUGGGAUGCUGUUAGUUACCUCUUUUCCAGUUGUUUGGGAGCAGGCACAAAACUAGAAUCUUGUUCCUUCAUUUUCUCUACCUGUAUGGAUGUGUAAUGAAGUGGAGGCGUUUCACCAGCUGAACAAUCGAUCCCUCUCGUCUGGACAAGGAUCUUUGGAAGUGGCCAAUUGUUUGAUGUGUAUCUUAUAGAUUGUUUCCUGCUAAUCAAAUCUUGAGGCAAGGCAAGUUGUUUAUUUAGUUUGUGUAAAUUUGAUUCAUUUCCAAAUAAUGGAUAUGGGUAGCAAGAAUGAUACUCAAGGACAAAAGAGGAACAAGGAUGCGGCGAAUUUUCAGUCACCAAAUAUGUCGUUGGACUGGCAAUUAAGUGGCAGCAACUUGACAAAUGCAUCCAUGGGAAUGAUCCCUAAUAGCAAUCCUUUAGUAGAUUCGGUUUUUCCCACUAUUUGGGAUCGGCCUACCAAUUCGCCGCAGUUAAAUUUCUAUGGUAAUAAUGCUCAAAUCAAUCCUUGCACUAUGAAUCAGCACGAGAUUGCAGCAAUUGGCUUGGGCCCUGCAAGAGGUGUUAUGAGUUGGAAUCCACCAAAUGCUAUGCUGAAAGGGGCUAUGUUUGUACCGCCUAUUCCUGGAAUGAUUCCUCAAAGCUUAGCUCAGCUUCCAGCUGAUUCGGGGUUCAUUGAGAGAGCUGCAAGGUUUUCGUGCUUCAGUGGAGGAAACUUCAGCGAUAUGAUGAACCGGCCUUUAAGCGUCCCUGAGUCUACUAAGCCUUGUUAUAGGGGACUGGCACCAACGUGGAGAACGGAAGAGGUUCUUCCAAGCAACGGGUUAAACUCACCCUCUGUUGUGGACCCUCGGAAGCAGAACAUACGAAGUGGUGUUGAUAGUUCCAAAGAUGUUUAUUUACCUCAUGAGAACAAGACUCAUGAGCAAAGCCCUCUCAAGAAUGAGAAAAAGAAUGAAAUAUUUGCUAGGUCUCAGGAUGAAGGAAAAGAAUCAGUUGGAUUGUCUGGAAAUGAGUCUGAUGAGGCUGAAUGUAGUGGCCGUCAAGAGGAAAUGGAAAGUGCCGGAUUGGAGUCUUCCGCGAAGGGCCUUGGCUCAAGGAAAAGGAAAAAAUAUAGUCAGGGUACCGAGCUUGAUCGAAUGAAGGGAGUACAACAGCUGCCAGCUGAACCUGAUAAAGAACUAACUAAAACUCAGAAAGGAGACGGAAGCUUACAGUCACCUUCUAGCAAGCAUGGUGGAAAAAACAGUAGACAGAGGUCUCAAUCUUCAGAUCCACCUAAAGAAGAAUACAUACAUGUUCGAGCUCGAAGAGGCCAGGCAACGAACAGCCAUAGUCUUGCAGAAAGAGUAAGGCGAGAGAAAAUCAGUGAAAGGAUGAAAUUUCUGCAGGAUCUUGUACCUGGUUGCGACAAGGUCACUGGUAAAGCUGUAAUGCUGGACGAAAUCAUUAAUUAUGUUCAAUCUUUGCAAAGACAGGUUGAGUUCCUCUCGAUGAAGCUUUCAACAGUAAACCUGCGGCUAGAUUUUAAUCUUGAUGGGGUCCUUGCAAAAGAUCCACAAGCAGGUCCUUCGUCCUCACUUGCGUUUCCACCUGAUAAUAUGACCAUGACUUAUGCUUCUUUGCAUGGAUGGCAAUCUGGUCUGCUUCAAUCAGGUCUUCCUGGUGAUGGAAAUUGUAUUGAUGCGUUCCGUAGAUCCAUCAAUUCCCAAUUCUCCACUAUGAGUGGUGGCUACAGGGAUCCUUCAUCUCAGGUACCUAAUGUAUGGGAUGAUCAACUGCAUAAUGUCGUGGAUAUGGGAUUCAAUUCAACCGCGCCCCUUGAUUGUCAGGAUUUAAGUUCUUUGCCACCCGACCAAAUGAAAACAGAACCUUGA